AUGGAUCCCUUCGACCAAAACCACUUUGACCAGCCGCGCCCGCCGUGUCCCCCGCCGUCGACGACGCCCUUCCGUUUGGAUGAAGGCUUCUCCGAAGACUCGGCCAGCCCGGACGAGCAUGGGCGCAUGUUCGCGGCCACGGCGGCCCGCUUUCAAGAAUGGGUCCUGGCACAGAAUGAAGACGCGCGCGCCGAGAUUGCAUACGAGAUCCUGCGCACGCUGCGAACAUCUCACAUAUCAGGCGUGGUCGACCGACUAACGCCUCUGCUGCACAUGGAUCCGAUGGAGAAGCUCCCGCAGGAAAUCACUUUGCAGAUAUUCGCCUACCUGGACGCGGAGACGCUGUUGGCAGCCUCACUAGCUUCAAAGACGUGGCAAACGCGGAUCAUGGACACCAUGCUGUGGCAGGAACUGUACAGGUUGGAAGGCUGGGGCUUGAACGAGAAAGAAAUCAGAAAAUUUGAAAGUUCACGCAUGUCAGCCGGGCGUCAACAGUUAAAGAAGGCCAGAGCGCCGCCCCAUGGUCAACCCUCCCUGAAAAAGAGAGUGACGUCCGACUGGUUCGAGAGACGACAGGCGAUUCUGGCUGAAGCCUCAACCCCUGUCCCGGCCGACGUCGAUCAAUGGCGGGAACAGCACGGUCCCAUUGAAGUAGACACCGACAUGCAGUCCGAGACCGACGACUUGGAGAUGCAAGAUGCACUGGCAAGAAUCCAGAACUCUCCCUCGCGGCCGAACAAGAGGCAAAGCCAAGAGGACGACGAAGACAUGGACUACUCUGGUGACACCGAAGGCGAAGUCAGCUCGAGUAAAAGAGCAUCUCGCAUUCCCGAUCAUCCCUUCAAGACGCGACUCGUCGUUUAUGACAGCAACGGAGAGAAGAAGCUGAACUGGGUCCAUCUCUACAGGCAACGGCAGAGGCUGGAACAGAAUUGGAUCAAAGGCCGAUAUUCCACGUUCCAGCUACCCGAUCCCAGCUACCCCCACGAAGGUCACACGGAAUGCGUCUACACUAUCCAGUUCUUUGGCAAGUGGCUGGUCAGUGGCAGUCGGGACAAGACUCUCCGUGUCUGGGACCUCGAAACUCGCCGCUUGAGAGGGAAACCGUUGACCGGCCACUAUCAGUCUGUGCUCUGCCUGCAGUUUGAUCCCACGGAGAAGGAGGAUGUCAUCAUCUCGGGAAGCAGCGACGCAAGUGUCAUCAUUUGGCGGUUUUCCACCGGGCAGAAGAUACACGAAAUCCCAUCUGCGCACGAAGAGUCUGUCCUCAAUCUCCGCUUCGACCAACGCUACCUCGUUACCUGCUCCAAAGACCGACGCAUCAAGGUCUGGAGUAGAAAACACAUGGUUGCUACGGACCAGGACUAUCCCGAGGUCAAACCGGGCGGUCAUGUUCGCGUGCCUGUAUACAUUGUCAACACGGCGGAAAUGGGGCCAUCGCGCCUGGAAGCCGGAAUUGCCAAUGGGGAGAUACAGGCUAUAAAGCCGUACAUGCUUCUGCUGACGCUGGAAGGUCACAGUGCAGCCGUCAACGCCAUACAGAUCAACGGUGAUCUCAUCGUCUCCGCCUCUGGUGAUAGAUACAUCAAAGUGUGGAAUGCCAAGACCGGAAAGCUGCUCAGGACGUUACAAGGGCAUCAGAAGGGCAUUGCCUGCGUGGAGUUCGACAGCAAGCGAAUUGUCAGCGGGAGUAGUGAUAACACAGUGAGAAUAUAUGACCCGGUGACAGGUUCUGAGGUAGCCGAGCUCAAGGGGCAUACAAACCUGGUGCGGACCGUGCAAGCCGGAUUUGGCGACCUGCCCGGGAGUAACGAGGAGGACGAGGCGAGGCGCGUCGAGAAGAGGUACCUGGACUACCUCCUUGCGAGUGGUGUCGUUCUCGAGCAUCGGGCGCUCCGGCAAGGUGCGAGAAUCAAUGUGGAGGGCACUUCGCGAUUCACCAUCGGCUCCAGAUUACCUCCGGGGGGCGGCGGCAGUAAAUGGGGUCGCAUCGUGUCGGGCUCAUACGAUGAAUCAAUCAUCAUCUGGCGGAAGAACGCCAAGGGCGAUUGGGUCAUGGGUCAAGUCCUGCGACAAGAGUCGCCGUCUCAACAGCCACAGCUGAAUCAUCGGCAGCAGUUACUGUACGACCGAGCGGCCGACACUGUCCGCACUGCUGCGGCUGUUCGCGCUGCUCCAGCGGCCCAGCAACCUCGACAGGCUCCGAUACUCCCCUCGACGGGCCACGAAAGUGCUGCUGGCAGCGUCCGUCCGGCCGUGAUGUCCGUCUCUCACAUCCUCCAACAAGCCGUGAACACAUCAUUUGGCAAUUUCGGUACUGGACUCGCGGACGUCACAGGCCUGGGUCGAGCACUCAACGGAUCUGUCGAGGUUGGUGGUCCGACGCGCAACAACAUCAACCUCACGGUACACGGCAACAGCGUCCAAUCAAUAGCUCAACAGGCCGCGGCACAAGCUCAGGCGGCCGUCACUCAGACAUUGGACAACUCUAUUUCGCAGUCACGCGCACGGCAGACGGGCAGUACACACGCCGGCUCGUCCACAAAUGGGCACCGUCGCACAAUCCCCCAUCAUCCUCAUGACGGACCAUUCGCCGCCACCUCAGCCGCCCAACAGCAACCAUCUCAACCGCAUCCGCGGCAACAACAGCAAGCGCGCGCGCCUUCCGAUCCCCUCUCUGCCGCGACCGCAGCAUCUCAGAACGGGCAACCCUCCGCCCAGCAUGCUGCACCCAGCGCGGCGGCCUCUUCGGUGUCAAGGGUAUUCAAGUUACAAUUCGACGCCAGGAGGAUUGUAUGCUGUUCACAGGACAGUCGGAUCGUCGGCUGGGACUUUGCCAACGGGGACGCCGACGUUAUCGAGGCGUGUCGCUUUUUCACGGGGCCUUAG